AUUAAUCACCCCGGACCAUUGUGGUCCUGUCCUGUACACGGCGCCAGUACAGGCGGGCAGGCAGACAGAGGCAGCGAGGAAGAAGCAGAGGACGAGGGAGAGAGGGGGCAGGGUGGCUGCGGGGAGAAAGAGGGGCUGAGAAUGGUCGGGGAUCAGCCUGUAUGUCCACCUCACCUCCUGCUGCGGGGCUGGGGAGCAGUGCUGCUGUCUCAGUGCUUGUCCUCCGCGUUCUCCCAGAUCCCGGACCCUGAGCUUUUACCUACAGAUCCCCCAAAGAAGCCGGACCCUGUGACCUCCGAGACCGUUGUGUUCUGGGGGCUGAGGCUAUGGCAGGUCAUUGGCAUCUUUGCAGUGUUUGGUUUGGCAGUUGUUAUCACCCUGUGUUGUAUAUUCAAAUGUCGAAUCCCAAGGACCAAAAAGGAAAUAGAGGCGCGGCACGUGCAAAGGCAGGCAGCGAAGAAAUACGCCAACACAUUAGAGACAGUGCCACCUCUGAACGAGCUGACCGAGAUCCCAGGAUCUGCCCUCGAUGCCUCUGCAGUACAGACCGUGUCUGAGCAGGUCCGACCUCAAAGUACAGACAACAGCCAGCUCUCAGUAGUCAGGGUCAGCGAGGAGCAGUCCAGCUCCCUCAGUUUGCCUGAGACGGCAUAAAUUUCUUCCCCCUCCUUUUUUUCUAAUCUUCUGACUCAUGACUAAGGGACAUUAAAAAAGAAAAAAACAAACAUACUGUACACAUUCAGACACAAAAAUGUUAAAAGCCCCUCUCCUGCUUCCAUCACCAUCUAUCCUGCAGUCAGUCCAUAUCUCUUCCUUUAUUGCUUGAUGUUUGAAAUGUAUACACAGAAGACAGCGCAGUUUGAAUUUUCCAAUUUUUUGCUCGGCAGUGCAUGUAGUUGCAGUGCAGCGGUGAUAAUGUGCAGCGGCAGAAAAUGAAACUUGUGGCUACAAAAUACAGAUUGUACCGCUUCUUACGAAUACGAUUCCUUGAGAGCAGCCAGGCUUUUGUAGUUUAUACUUUUGUAUUUUGUGACGGUUUCUUCUUCCUCACAGCCCAGAUUUAAAAAAAAAAAAAAAAAGUAAAUGUGCAUAUUUCGCUUCGUUGGCACAUUUGCAUGAAAAUGUCAAAAUGAAUGAUGAUCUUGUGAACUUUCUGAGGAAAUGCUAAUGCAUGCAGCCCGUCUGUUUGUGCUCUAUUUUAGUCUUUUUCCAUACCUGUCUGUUUACUUUCCCUAAGAUUCAACUAUGAGUGAAGCAAAUUAUUCACACUAUCUUCUCGGGUUGAUUAAAAAUGAUUUUGGAUGUUAGCACAAUUAAAUGCUCUUGCUCUCUCUUG